CAACCCCUCCUCCUCCUCAUCGUUUGGAGAAGGAGUUUGGGAGGUCGCGCUUCUCCCCUGUAGCUCCUCGCAUAUCACCGGGCGUUGUUGCUGGGACCGCGGGGUCAGUGUGCGCGGCUGGCUGGGCUCCAGCGCAGUGACACGUGUGUUCCUGGGACCCUGGGUGGUCCCAGUGUGGCUGGGCACCUGCUUGAGGGGUAAACAUCACGAACCCACCAGCCAGGGAGUCUUGGAAGACUCGCUGCUGUCGAGACCAGGGCCCCCACUUCACUGCCAGCUCUGGGACGGAGCAUUCACAUCUCUCUGGCACGCCGAAAGCAGGGGGAUGGAGGAUGAAGCUGUCCUGGACAGAGGGGCUUCCUUCCUUAAGCAUGUGUGUGAUGAAGAAGAAGUAGAAGGGCACCACACCAUCUAUAUUGGAGUCCACGUGCCGAAGAGCUACAGGAGAAGGAGACGUCACAAGAGAAAGACAGGGCACAAAGAAAAGAAGGAAAAAGAGAGAAUUUCUGAGAACUAUUCUGACAAGUCAGAUGUCGAGAAUGCUGAUGAAUCCAGUAGCAGCAUCCUAAAGCCUCUCAUCUCUCCUGCUGCAGAACGCAUUCGAUUCAUCUUGGGAGAGGAAGAUGACAGCCCAGCACCCCCUCAGCUCUUCACCGAACUGGAUGAACUGCUGGCUGUGGAUGGGCAGGAGAUGGAGUGGAAGGAGACUGCAAGGUGGAUUAAGUUUGAAGAAAAAGUGGAACAGGGUGGAGAGAGAUGGAGUAAGCCCCAUGUGGCUACGUUGUCCCUUCACAGCUUAUUUGAGCUGAGAACAUGCAUGGAGAAAGGAUCCAUCAUGCUUGACAGGGAGGCUUCUUCUCUCCCCCAGUUGGUGGAGAUGAUAGUUGACCAUCAGAUUGAGACAGGCCUACUGAAACCUGAUCUUAAGGAUAAGGUGACCUAUACCUUGCUGCGGAAGCACCGGCAUCAAACCAAGAAGUCCAACCUUCGCUCCUUGGCUGACAUUGGGAAGACAGUCUCCAGUGCAAGUCGGAUGUUUACCAGCCCCGAUAAUGGUAGCCCAGCCAUGGCCCACAGGAAUUUGACUUCCUCCAGCCUGAAUGAUAUUUCUGAUAAACCAGAGAAGGACCAGCUGAAGAAUAAGUUCAUGAAAAAACUGCCCCGUGAUGCCGAAGCUUCCAACGUGCUCGUUGGGGAGGUUGACUUCUUGGAUACGCCUUUCAUUGCCUUUGUCCGACUACAGCAGGCUGUCAUGCUGGGCGCCCUGACUGAGGUUCCUGUGCCCACAAGGUUCUUAUUCAUUCUCUUAGGUCCUAAGGGGAAAGCCAAGUCCUACCAUGAGAUUGGCAGAGCCAUUGCCACCUUGAUGUCUGAUGAGGUGUUCCAUGACAUUGCUUAUAAAGCAAAAGACAGGCAAGACCUUAUUGCUGGCAUUGAUGAGUUCCUAGAUGAAGUCAUUGUCCUUCCACCUGGAGAAUGGGACCCAACAAUAAGGAUAGAGCCUCCUAAGAGUCUCCCAUCAUCUGACAAAAGAAAGAAUAUGUACUCAGGUGGAGAGAAUGUUCAGAUGAAUGGAGACACGCCCCAUGAUGGAGGCCACGGAGGAGGAGGACAUGGAGAUUGUGAAGAAUUGCAGCGCACUGGACGGUUCUGUGGUGGACUAAUUAAGGACAUAAAGAGGAAAGCACCAUUUUUUGCCAGUGAUUUUUAUGAUGCUUUAAAUAUUCAGGCUCUUUCAGCAAUUCUCUUCAUUUAUCUGGCAACUGUAACUAAUGCUAUCACUUUUGGAGGACUGCUUGGGGAUGCCACUGACAACAUGCAGGGCGUGUUGGAGAGCUUCCUGGGCACAGCUGUCUCUGGAGCCAUCUUCUGCCUCUUUGCUGGUCAACCACUCACUAUUUUGAGCAGCACAGGACCUGUUCUAGUUUUUGAAAGGCUUCUAUUUAAUUUCAGCAAGGAUCAUAAUUUUGACUACUUGGAGUUUCGCCUUUGGAUUGGCCUGUGGUCAGCCUUCCUGUGUUUUAUAUUGGUGGCCACUGAUGCCAGCUUCUUGGUUCAGUACUUUACUCGCUUCACAGAAGAGGGCUUUUCUUCUCUGAUUAGCUUCAUAUUUAUUUAUGAUGCUUUCAAGAAGAUGAUCAAGCUAGUGGAUUACUACCCCAUCAACUCUGACUUCAAAGUGGGCUACAAUACUCACUUCUUCUGUUCCUGUAUGCCCCCUGACCCAGUUAAUAUCUCAAUAUCUAAUGUUACCACCUUGGCAUCAGAGGAUUUGCCCAGUAUUUCUUCUACUGACAUGCACCAUAAUGCUACCCUUGACUGGGCACUUUUGUCAACGAAGGAGUGUUUGAAAUAUGGAGGAAAGCUCAUGGGAAACAACUGCAGUUUUGUUCCUGAUAUCUCACUCAUGUCUUUCAUCCUCUUCUUGGGCACCUAUACCUCUUCUAUGGCUCUGAAAAAAUUCAAAACUAGUCGUUAUUUUCCAACCACCGCAAGAAAACUGAUCAGUGACUUUGCCAUUAUUUUGUCCAUUCUCAUCUUUUGUGUAAUAGAUGCUUUGGUAGGUGUGGAUACUCCAAAACUAAUAGUGCCAAGUGAGUUCAAGCCAACAAGUCCCAACCGAGGUUGGUUUGUUCCACCGUUUGGAGGAAACCCCUGGUGGGUGUACCUGGCAGCUGCUAUCCCUGCUUUGCUGGUCACCAUUCUGAUCUUCAUGGACCAGCAAAUCACAGCUGUGAUUGUAAACAGGAAAGAACAUAAACUCAAGAAAGGUGCUGGGUACCACCUGGACCUCUUUUGGGUGGCCAUCCUCAUGGUGAUUUGCUCCUUCAUGGCUCUUCCAUGGUAUGUGGCUGCGACUGUCAUCUCCAUUGCUCACAUUGACAGUUUGAAGAUGGAGACAGAGACUUCUGCCCCUGGAGAACAACCAAAAUUUCUUGGAGUGAGGGAACAACGAGUCACUGGAACCCUUGUGUUUAUUCUGACGGGUCUGUCAGUCUUUAUGGCUCCCAUUUUGAAGUUUAUUCCUAUGCCUGUACUUUAUGGUGUGUUCCUGUAUAUGGGGGUAGCCUCCCUUAAUGGUGUGCAGUUCAUGGAUCGCCUAAAACUGCUUCUGAUGCCCCUGAAGCAUCAGCCUGACUUUAUCUACCUGCGCCAUGUCCCCUUGCGCAGAGUCCACCUGUUCACUUUCUUGCAGGUGUUGUGUUUAGCCCUGCUUUGGAUCCUCAAGUCAACUGUGGCUGCUAUCAUUUUCCCAGUCAUGAUCUUGGCACUUGUAGCUGUCAGAAAAGGCAUGGACUACCUCUUCUCCCAGCAUGACCUCAGCUUCCUCGAUGAUGUCAUUCCAGAAAAGGACAAGAAAAAGAAGGAGGAUGAGAAGAAAAAGAAAAAGAAGAAAGGAAGUCUAGACAGUGAUAAUGAUGAUUCUGACUGCCCAUACUCAGAAAAAGUUCCAAGUAUUAAAAUUCCAAUGGACAUCAUGGAACAGCAGCCUUUCCUAAGUGAUAGCAAACCUUCUGACAGAGAAAGAUCACCAACAUUCCUCGAACGCCACACAUCAUGCUGAUAAAAUUCCUUUCCUUCAGUCACUCGGUUU